AUUUGCAAAUGCCAUGCUUAACGCUAUUUACAAAGGGAAGUUUAGGGAAGUAAGCGACUUAUUUAAAAGCAACCCAGAUGCAAUAUCUACAACAUUUGAAAAUGGAAAAACUGCUCUUCACGUUGCAAUUACUGCUGGUCAGCUAAGGGUUGCUAAGGAAUUGAUCACUAUUACUGGUACUGAAGCAAACAGUUGCCAAUUGAAGAUAAAAGAUGAGAGUGGCAACACAGCUCUUUCCUUUGCUGCUCGUAGUGGAAUGAUGGAAAUUGCAAAAUGCUUGAUUGAAAAGAACAAGGACUUGCUUAAUAUCCCAGAUGGCAACGAUAGGCUCCCAGUUCAAUUGGCUUGCAGGGCAGGCCAUGGGGACAUGGCUCGCUACCUCUACCGCGAAACACCGACAAAAUGUCUAAGGGGAGUCAAGGGCUUCUACCUCCUCGAAGAGUGUGUAACUAAGAAAAUGUUUGGUACAAGAGUGAAGGUAGAUAAAGGAAGUGUUCUAUCUGAUGGUGUUGGCAGUGUUGCAGCUCAACGAGGAGCAAAGUUAGCUCCUCGUUUUGACCUUGAUCACAUCUCAAGGGCAGCUCGGUUGCAAAGUGAGCUACGCUGGUUCAAGGCAGUGAAAGGCAUUGUUCCACAGUUUUACAACUAUUGUAAAAACAAUAAUGGUGAAACUCCUUCCCAAGUGUUUGUUAACGAACACAAGCAGUUGCUAAAAGAAGCGGAAGAAUGGGUGAAGAAAACAGCAGAAUCUUCUUCAGUCGUAGCUACUCUAAUCAUUGGAAUUAUGUUUGCUGUGGCUUUCACUGUUCCUGUAUCAGAUGCAAUUUCUCUUUUUGCUGCAACUAGUUCGGUGCUAAUCUUUUUGGCGAUUUUUGCUUCACGUUAUGCUUAUGAAGAUUUCUAUAAAUCCUUACCCGUGAAGUUGAUUGUUGGCAUAUCUUCACUCUUCAUCUCUAUUGCAGCAAUGAUGGUAGCAUUUUGUGUUGCUCUUUUCAUUAUGCUACAAGGUCACUUUUGGAUAAUCAUACCAACAACUUUGUUUGCUGGUGUUCCAGUCAUUAUCUGGGUUCUGUUGCUGUUUCCUUUUCUUGUUGAGCUUGAAACUUUGACUUUUGCACCAGGCAUCUUUGAUAGUAAAUGAACAUCAACAUGGAAAAGGAAGAGAUGGAUAGAAUUUCUGUUAUUUUAUGUUAGUAAAUAGACGAGUGUGCUUUACAUGUAUUGUAACUGCAAGAAAUAUUUGGCGGAUGUGUAUUAUUUGAAGAUUUCGUAUACCUCUAUAAGUGCGAAACUCUUUCGGUAAUUCAUAUAGAGUACUCUAAAUAUUCUGUCAUAGUAUCUAAGACACAGUAAAAGCCGAAAAUUGCU